CUUUUUUUCCGUAGAAAAAGAUCCCAUUUUUUUUCAUUGACCUUUCUCUAUCAUCACUCUCUCUCUCUUGUUAAUUUCUUAUACAUAUAAAUAUUGUAUCUAUCUAAUUCACCUUCUUCUUCAACCUCUUCCUAUAUAUCAGAUCUCAGAUUCAUUUUUGCUUUCUGUAUCUUAUCAUAACUAUUAUUUGUACUUUUUCCAUUAUGUUCCAUGUUUUUCUUUGUUGCAAGAGAUAAACAUGGAUGAAAACAAGUACUUUUGGUUUCAAAAAUGUAAGAGGAAGAUGGAACCACAAAACAUGAAUCCCAGUUCAGUCUUUCCAGAUGAAGUGCUGGAGAGAAUUCUCAGCAUGGUGAAGUCACGCAAAGACAAGAGUUCGGUUUCAUUGGUUUGCAAAGACUGGUUCGAUGCUGAAAGAUGGUCGAGAAAGAAUGUGUUCAUAGGUAACUGUUAUUCCGUUACACCAGAGAUCUUGACUCAAAGAUUUCCGAAUGUUCGAAGUGUUACAUUGAAAGGCAAGCCACGUUUCUCUGAUUUCAACUUGGUUCCUGCUAAUUGGGGUGCUGAUAUUCAUCCAUGGCUUGUUGUUUUCGCUGAAAAGUACCCUUUUCUUGAAGAGUUAAGGCUUAAGAGAAUGGUUGUUACUGAUGAGAGUUUAGAGUUUCUGGCUUUUUCGUUUCCGAAUUUUAAAGCGCUUUCUCUUUUGAGCUGUGAUGGAUUUAGCACUGAUGGUUUAGCUGCUGUUGCUACUAAUUGCAAGAACUUAACUGAGCUUGACAUACAAGAGAAUGGUAUCGAAGACAAAAGCGGUAACUGGUUGAGUUGCUUCCCAGAAAGCUUUACAUCAUUGGAAGUGUUGAACUUUGCCAACCUAACCAAUGAAGUAAACAUCGACGCGCUAGAGAAACUUGUUGGUAGGUGCAAAUCAUUGAAGACUUUGAAGGUUAACAAAAGCGUAACGCUGGAACAGUUGAAAAAACUUCUUGUUCGCGCCCCUCAGUUAUGUGAGCUUGGCAGUGGCUCAUUUUCGCAAGAGCUGACAUCUCAGCAGUAUGCAGAGCUCGAAACCGCGUUCAAAAAUUGUAAAAGCCUUCACACCCUGUCUGGUUUAUGGGUGGCUUCAGCGCGAUAUCUUCAAGUUCUAUACCCUGCGUGCGCGAAUCUGACUUUUUUGAAUUUUAGCUAUGCUCCUCUUGACAGUGAAGAUCUUACCAAGAUUCUUGUUCACUGUCCUAAUCUUCGACGUCUUUGGGUUGUUGACACCGUUGAAGACAAGGGACUUGAAGCGGUUGGAUCGAACUGUCCAUUGCUUGAGGAACUGCGUGUUUUUCCUGCAGAUCCGUUUGACGAGGAAGCUGAAGGCGGGGUGACUGAAUCGGGGUUUGUUGCUGUCUCUGAAGGAUGCCGGAAGCUUCACUAUGUUCUCUACUUUUGUCGUCAAAUGACCAAUGCUGCUGUCGCUACCGUAGUCCAAAACUGCCCCGACUUUACUCAUUUCCGCCUCUGCAUAAUGAACCCUGGCCAGCAAGAUUACCUGACGGACGAACCUAUGGACGAGGCCUUCGGAGAAGUUGUUAAGAACUGCACUAAACUUCAGAGGCUCGCUGUAUCAGGUUAUCUAACGGACCUCACAUUCGAGUAUAUAGGAAAGUAUGCCAAAAACUUGGAAACGCUUUCGGUGGCUUUUGCAGGAAGCAGUGAUUGGGGAAUGGAGUGUGUACUGGUCGGAUGUCCGAAACUGAGAAAACUCGAGAUAAGAGACAGUCCAUUCGGAAAUGCAGCGCUUUUGGCAGGUUUGGAGAAGUACGAGUCGAUGAGGUCACUUUGGAUGUCGUCCUGCAGACUGACGAUGAAUGGAUGUAGAUUUUUGGCAGGAGAAAAGCCGAGGUUGAAUGUCGAAGUAAUGCAGGAAGAAGGAGGCGAUGAUAGUCGGGCCGAAAAACUUUAUGUUUAUCGAUCUGUUGCCGGGCCAAGAAGGGAUGCACCUCCUUUUGUUCUCACUCUCUGAUUUUCCAUCUCUAGUCCUUUAUAGACCAGUUGGACCUAUCAAUAAAAAUAAUGGAAGUGUCCAUUCUAAAUGAGCAAUAACUGUGAACAAUAGAUCCAAAUGACAUGAAAAAAAUCUUGUAUUUGAUUAUCAGAUGCUAGAAGUUCUAUACUUUUAGGGGAUCAUGAAGAUAUUUUGUUGUUUUAUGGAAGUAUUUAUUCAAGAAAAGAUACAUUUUCUUUUGA